AUGUUCGGUCUUGUGCCGCUGAUGCAAUCCGAUGCCUACAAAGCAUGUCCAACGCCUAAUGCCAUGCUCGGCUAUGGCUACCGAGCGGAGCAUUUCUGGUAUGGGAUUGAGAAGUUCGCUCCCAAGGCGAUCAUUGUGGAUAGUGGCUCCAUCGAUGGGGGACCUCACGCCGAUCCUACAAGCCUGCUUUCACAAGACGAUCCAAGUCCUCAUCGAGUCUGUUGGGGGGAUGGAAGCGAUAAGCAUGUCCAGAAAAUGUUCGAGAUCGUCCAGGAGAUUGCCGCCCAGGAGAGUUUCUCGUUCAAAGUAGCCACCAUCUCCGCUGGGAUUCAAAGGCACCUGCUGAAUGAGCGCAUCACUUGCCAAAAAGUAGCACCAUGUGGUCUGGUGGAGGAGUUAAUGGUGGAAAGUGCUGACCGCGCCAUCGACGGGGAGAGCCGUACGUAUCACCCACAGCUAUUCACCAAGACCCUAGAGUUGAGCCCGGAUAUCAUCCUCGGCGGUCGCUGUUAUGAUCCCGCCCCGUUUGCCGCAUUCUCCAUAUACCAUGGCGGACGGUCGAUGAUUGCCACGAUGCGCGAAGACUCCUUCGACUUGACGCCACUGUCGCCCAAAGAGCGGUGCACUCCCCUCUCAGUCGCUGCACACACGCUGUACGAGAAAACCAGGCCGGAUCGUCUGCCUGGUCCCGGAGGGGUCCUAGUCCUGGACAAUACAUCGUACGAGCAGCUGACAGAAAAGACGCUGGAAGGUGUGGAGAAGCUGGGAUACGGCACCAUCUUCAUUGGGGGAAUCCGAGAUCCUAUUCUCAUCGGCCAGAUCAAUGACUUCCUGGCCGACGUGAGGGCCUAUACGCAGAAUCUGUUUCCGCAGUUGGACCAGACAUUUCAAUGA